AUGGCGGACAAUUGGACAUAUCUCAUCACCGGUUCCAACAGAGGCAUCGGCAAGCAGAUGGUGGCAGAUCUGCUCAUCAGACCUGCCACAACGGUCGUCGCCACGGUGCGCAACCCGAGCGCAAGCACAUCGCAGUCGCUCAAAGCCCUGCCAACGGCCGCCGGGAGCAGGCUUGCCAUCCUGGCCGUCGACGAAGACACCCCAGAGAUUGGGUACAGUUCGAUACCGAAGCGCGCCGCCGAGGCCGGCAUCGAUCGCGUCGACGUCGCCGUUGCCAACGCCGGGGCAUCGGGCAGCUUCGACUGGGUGCUGGAGACGGAUCCCGAGGAGGUGCGGCGCUGCUUUGAGGUCAAUAGCAUCGGCCCGUUCAAGCUGUUCCAGGCCUGCUGGCCGCUUCUCGACAGGAGCGACCCUGCUCUUGGCCCGGGCGGAAAAAAGUUUGUCCUCGUGACGAGCUUCGUCGGCAGCAUCGCGGGAUUGGAGGCCGAGAGCUUCCCGUCUGCGGCGUACGGAAUGAGCAAGGCGGGCGCCAACUGGAUGGCGAAAAAGAUGAGCGUCGAAUUCAAGGACAGGGGGCUCAAGGUCGGCAUAAUUCAUCCCGGAUGGGUGAGGACGGACAUGGGGCAGUCUCUUGCGGAUGCCGUGGGGUUGGAGCAGCCGCCGAUGACGAUAGAAGACAGCAGUCGCCUUGUUCUGGAGCAGAUUGACAAGCUCUCCUUUGACACGACCCAUGGGAAAUUCAUCAAUUUUGACGGCCAGGAGCUGCCCUGGUAG